UUUUGAAUGUUGUCGUUAUGUGUCGGAACGUUUUAUUAUUUCGGUCACUUACGGUGAAUAGAUUUUGUUACAAAUACAGUCAUAGAAAUCUGCGAAUUUCCAGUAAGCUUAUGGAAAAAGAACCGAAGUUUUACUUUGCUGGAAGCAUUCGUGGCGGUCUAGGAGACGUGGAGUUAUAUAAAGACUUGAUUAAGUACUUGCAAACCUUCGGUCAUGUAUUCACUGAGCAUAUCGGAUCAAGUUAUUCAACGUCUUCGGGUGAAGUUGAGUUAACCGACAAGUUUAUUCACGACCGAGAUUUGUCGUGGCUCGACCAAAGCGACGCUCUUAUUGCUGAAGUAACACAACCGUCUUUGGGUGUUGGAUAUGAAAUUGGUCGAGCUAUUGAAAAAGGAAAGAAGAUUUUGUGUCUCUUUCGACCAGAAUGUGGAAGAGUUUUGUCCGCAAUGAUCCGAGGGGCGGAUGACGGUCGGCAGGUGAUUGUGAGGGAUUAUAAAGGUGAUGAAGCAAAAAAGAUCAUGAAAGACUUUCUGACUGCGAACGACUUGAUAUGAUCACGAGGAACUAUCAAGAUGUUUGCGAAUGAUAAGGGAACCCCAAGAACGAAGUAUAAAGAAAUUCAAACAGAAAACAGUUGAACUUGGUUUUGAAGAAAAGAAAUGGAUGAAAAAAUUAAUUAACUAACAAAGAAAAAGCUACAAUAGAAGUAUAACUGUAAAAAUGGACAAAAGAGAAGUUAAGAACAGUCGUUGAUGAAUUGAAAGUUUCUUUUAAACAAACACAGGAAGAUGGAAGGAGACAGAGGAAGCUUAUAAAGAAUGUGACUUGCUGCAAAUAAAUAUCAACACCUCAACACCGUAUAUAAGUAGAAAAUGAUCCUAGUUCAAUCUACAUGAAUUGGAAUUUAGAGCUAAUAGAGGUUGCUCGAUCAACUAA